AUGCAUUUCGCCUACCCUCCACGAAAGAGCUCGAACCCGCCUCCCUUCCGAGCGAAGACCUCGAGGAUACCACCGUUGCUUCGUCGCAGUAGACUCAAGAUUAUCGCGGCGGGCGCUCUUGCAUUCUUGGGCUUCCUAUACCUCCUCUCAGGAGCCUUCAAGUCACCAAGCGGGCCUCGAGCACCCUUGGGCGAGCCGCCUGUGGUGAUAGUGACGGUGCUGGAUGAGGAGAACUACAGCGACAAUUACCUGGCAAGCAUUCGCGACAACAGAAAUCAGUACGCGCAGCUUCACGGUUAUGAGGUGAUGUUUGCGAAUGCAGGUGACUACGAUCUUAGCGGCUCUCCGGCGUCAUGGAACAAAGUAGUGUCGCUGAGGCACGCAAUGACGAAAUACCCUGAAGCUGGGUGGUUUUGGUACAUUGACCAAGACGCUUACAUCAUGGACCCGUCAAUAUCUGUGGACAGCCUGGUGUUGAAGUCGGACAAACUUGAUAGUUUGAUGAUGAGGGAUCAUCCGGUCGUUCCUCCAGACAGCAUCAUCAAGACGUUUCCUCAUCUGAAGGGCAGAGACAUCGAUUUUGUUCUUACGCAAGACAGGGAAGGAUUGUCGGCGGGCAUCUUCUUCGUCCGGAACGGCGAGUGGGCAAAAUUCUUCAUUGACACAUGGUUUGAUCCGUUGUACCGAAGCUACAACUUUCAAAAAGCCGAAGGUCAUGCGUUGGAACAUGUUGUCCAAUGGCACCCGACGAUUCUCUCCAAGCUCGCCAUCGUGCCGCAGAAGACUUUCAACUCCUAUAACAGAUACGACAAGGGUGAGAUGUUCAAGGACGGCGACUUCGUCGUCCGUGCUGCCGGCUGCACAAUGUCUGGAGAGCGAGCUUGCGAGGAGGAGCUGCGCAGCUACAAUACGAAGUGGCAGGCGGCAUUCAAGGCGCAGUAG